UCCCGCCCCACCCCACUCCUGCAUCGUAAAGGAGCCGGGCGUCGCGCCUCGAGGUCCCGGGCUGUAGCGCGGGGCCGCCAGGACCCCAGUCACGCACCUGGCCCAGCGGAGGUAUCGCGAUACUUUGUCUCGCGCAGCGGAGACUUGAUAAAAGAUUGCCACAUCAUCUCAGGGAAAUGGUAACCUGUGGUGGUUUUCUUGAAGCAACAACAUAAACCAACAAUGAACAGAUGAUAUCAAUAAAACUGCAUUUGGCAGCUGACUUUAUCACGGUAGCAAGUGACAGCACAUGCAGUGAUAAACUGCAAAGGUUUAGUGUUUCCUAGUCAUUGAGAAUAUGCCCAGUAUCUUGGCUGCUGAAGUGGCUGCUGUCUCUGCUUAGGUCUGUUUAGUUCUUGUAGUCAUGUCUGUUACGGAAACAGAGAAUGACCCUCCUAGAUUCUUUGUGGGUGGUGAAGAUGGAGAUGAAUUACUGGAUCCGGACAGAUCUUCAGACUUCGAUCACUUCUAUGACCAUACAGAAGAAGAGGAAGAAGAGUAUGAUUCUCCACCGGAAAGGCAGAUUGUAGUUGGGAUAUGUUCCAUGGCAAAGAAAUCCAAGUCCAAACCAAUGAAGGAAAUUCUAGAACGCCUCUCCAUGUUUAAAUACAUCAUGGUGGUAAUAUUUGAAGAAGAUGUUAUUUUGAAUGAAGCAGUAGAAAACUGGCCUCUUUGCGAUUGUCUCAUUUCUUUUCAUUCUAAAGGAUUUCCACUGGACAAAGCAGUUGCCUAUGCCAAACUCAGGAAUCCAUUUGUAAUCAAUGACUUGAAUAUGCAGUAUCACAUACAAGAUAGGAGAGAAGUGUAUGGCAUUCUCAAAGCUGAAGGCAUUUUACUUCCUCGUUAUGCAGUUCUAAACCGUGAUCCAAACAAUCCCCAAGCUAAUAUAAUGGAUCCACAGAAGAUUCAGAAUUGUGAAACUAAAGGAAGAACUUACAACUAUGGGCUGGGUGAGGACUGUGGUUAUGGAGCAGUGCUAGGAAUGAAUUGGAGUCGAGCAGUUGACACAGAAUGCAAUUUGAUUGAGGGAGAAGACCAUGUGGAAGUGAAUGGGGAAGUAUUCCAAAAGCCAUUUGUAGAAAAGCCAGUUAGUGCCGAGGACCACAACGUUUACAUUUAUUAUCCAACAUCUGCUGGAGGGGGUAGCCAGAGGCUCUUUCGGAAGAUUGGCAGCAGAAGCAGUGUUUACUCCCCUGAAAGCAACGUGAGAAAAACAGGCUCCUACAUUUACGAGGAGUUCAUGCCUACGGAUGGCACUGAUGUGAAGGUGUACACAGUAGGUCCAGAUUAUGCACAUGCUGAAGCUCGAAAAUCCCCUGCUCUAGAUGGUAAAGUAGAACGAGACAGUGAAGGAAAAGAAGUGAGAUAUCCAGUCAUUCUGAAUGCAAGAGAGAAGUUGAUAGCCUGGAAAGUAUGCCUUGCAUUUAAGCAAACAGUUUGUGGCUUUGAUUUGUUGCGUGCUAAUGGACAAUCCUAUGUCUGUGACGUGAAUGGCUUCAGUUUUGUAAAGAACUCCAUGAAAUAUUAUGAUGAUUGUGCUAAGAUACUUGGAAAUAUCAUAAUGAGAGAACUUGCUCCCCAAUUUCAAAUCCCAUGGUCAAUACCUUUAGAAGCAGAAGAUAUCCCUAUUGUGCCAACUACAUCUGGAACAAUGAUGGAGCUUAGAUGUGUUAUAGCUGUAAUACGUCACGGGGACCGAACACCAAAACAAAAAAUGAAAAUGGAAGUUAAACAUCAGAAGUUUUUUGAUCUCUUUGAAAAAUGUGAUGGAUAUAAGUCUGGAAAAUUAAAACUGAAAAAACCAAAACAGUUGCAGGAAGUGCUUGAUAUAGCAAGACAGCUUCUAGUAGAACUUGGACAAAACAAUGACUCUGAAAUUGAAGAAAGCAAAGCAAAACUAGAACAGCUGAAAACUGUGUUGGAGAUGUAUGGACAUUUUUCUGGCAUAAAUCGCAAAGUCCAGUUAACGUAUCUCCCUCAUGGUUGCCCAAAAACUUCAAGUGAAGAAGAAGAUAGCAAAAGAAAUGAGCCUUCCUUACUACUAGUUCUAAAAUGGGGAGGAGAAUUGACCCCUGCAGGCAGGGUUCAAGCCGAGGAGCUUGGAAGAGCUUUCAGGUGCAUGUACCCCGGUGGACAAGGAGAUUAUGCUGGAUUUCCUGGAUGUGGUUUACUUAGAUUACAUAGUACGUAUCGACAUGAUCUCAAAAUAUAUGCUUCUGAUGAGGGACGAGUUCAGAUGACUGCAGCAGCUUUUGCAAAGGGACUACUAGCUUUGGAGGGAGAACUGACUCCUAUUCUUGUCCAAAUGGUAAAAAGUGCUAAUAUGAAUGGUCUAUUGGACAGUGACAGUGAUUCUUUAAGUAGCUGCCAACAUCGUGUUAAGGCAAGGCUCCAUGAAAUACUCCAGCGAGACAGAGAAUUUACUCCUGAAGACUAUGAAAAGCUUAAUCCAUCUGGAAGCAUCUCUCUAAUAAAAUCAAUGCAAGUGAUAAAAAAUCCUGUGAAGACAUGUGACAAAGUAUAUUCCUUGAUCCAAAGCUUGACCUCUCAAAUCAGGCAGCGAAUGGAAGAUCCCAAGUCUGCAGAUAUUCAGCUUUACCAUAGUGAAACGCUAGAACUAAUGCUGCGUAGGUGGUCCAAGUUGGAAAAGGACUUUAAAACAAAGAAUGGAAGAUAUGAUAUCAGCAAAAUCCCUGAUAUUUAUGACUGUAUAAAAUAUGAUGUCCAGCAUAAUGGUUCCUUAAAAUUAGAAAACACAAUGGAAUUAUACAGGCUUUCAAAGGCAUUAGCUGACAUUGUGAUUCCUCAGGAAUAUGGUAUUUCCAAUGCUGAAAAAUUAGAGAUUGCCAAAGGAUACUGUACUCCUCUAGUUAGGAAAAUUCGUUCUGACCUUCAGAGAACUCAAGAUGAUGAUACAGUAAACAAACUCCACCCUCUGUACUCUAGAGGUGUUAUGUCUCCAGAACGUCACGUUCGCACUCGAUUAUAUUUCACCAGCGAGAGUCAUGUCCACUCUCUACUAUCAAUCCUUCGAUACGGUGCCUUAUGUGAUGAAUCAAAAGAUGAUCAGUGGAAGCGAGCUAUGGAUUAUCUCAAUGUUGUCAAUGAACUUAAUUACAUGACUCAGAUUGUUAUCAUGUUGUACGAGGAUCCAAACAAGGAACCGUCUUCAGAGGAACGUUUUCAUGUUGAGCUGCACUUCAGUCCAGGAGCUAAAGGUUGUGAAGAGGAUAAAAACUUACCAGCUGGUUAUGGAUAUAGACCUGCCUCCAGAGAGAACGAAGGCCCCAAGAAAACCUCACAUAGAAAUGAUAGUGAUGAGGAGGUGCAUGCUUCCAGGCGGGAUGAAACGGAUCGUUCAGUAGUUAUGUUCAAGCCCAUGGUUUCAGACCCAAUUCACAUACACAGAAAGUCGCCCCUUCCAAGAUCCAGGAAGAUUGGUUCUGUUGAAGAAGAGAGCCCCCUGAGUGUGUCUAGCCCAGAGGGUAUUGGUACCUGGCUGCAUUACACCAGUGGUGUGGGUACUGGGCGUCGAAGACGCAGAUCAGGGGAACAAAUCACUUCUUCCCCUGUCUCCCCUAAAUCAUUGGCUUUCACAUCCAGUAUUUUUGGCUCAUGGCAACAGGUCCUAUCGGAAACCAGUAGUAGCUUACGAACACCAAGAACUAUUCUGGAACAAAAACAGAGUGGUCUAGGGUCUCACUGUGCGGGCCUGUUUAGCACCUCAGUGCUCGGGGGUUCUUCAAGCGCACCUAACCUACAGGAUUAUGCUCGUACUCAUCGUAAAAAGCUGACUUCUUCUGGCUUCAUAGAUGAAACCACACGCGGUUCUGCUGUUAAAAGAUUUUCUAUCUCAUUUGCUCGACACCCAACCAAUGUGCUUUAUUUUCUGGACCUCUAUGCAGAACAUCCACACCUCUUUAGGUGCUGGUCCACUUCCUCUGUGGAAUUUCUAAGCUCCAGUGGUUUUGAACUCUAUUCCAUGGUGCCUUCCAUCUGCCCUCUGGAAACCCUACACAACUCCCUUUCUUUAAAGCAGGUGGAUGAAUUUCUUGCCUCCAUUGCUGCUCCUUCAAGUGACAAUCUACCAGACACAUCCACUGCUCAUAGUUCAUCUCCAACAUAUACAAGUCCAUUGUCAGGAAGAAGAAUCUCUUUAAAUACAUACACGCCUGCAAAAAUCCAGCCAACACCACUUACAAACUUGCCUGAAAAGCUAACAAAAGAAAAAACAACCUCAUCUACCAGUGGGACCUCCAGUUGUGUGUCUAAAGUUAAAACAUCUCAUGAAGAAAGCCCCCAUGAUGAUGCAAAACAUGCUAAUGCAACCCUUCCUAAGAAGAAAUGAAGCACGGCAGACAAAACUUCCUUUUAAAAAUCUCCGUCAGUGUACAUUCAGUGAUAGAAAAGCUAAUUUAAUUGUGACCUAGCUUUCAAAAGCCAUUCAUGUUAGUGUCUGUCUCAGUGCACUUGCCUGUAUGUAAAUUAAAGACUCGUAACUAGUGCACACUUUGUAUAUAUUCAAGUAAAAAGUCUCUUCUCAUUUUCUAAAAUAUUUAUGGCAAAGAGAUUUGCUCAGCAGUUGAACGAAUUGCACACCUUUUAAGCUGCCUUUUCAGUGUCUUAGUUUACUGUAUAUGUGUAUAAAGUAUAAACAGACAAGAAAUUCCAUCCCAGUGGUCUGUAUUAUAGUGGCUCUGUUAGAGUCACUGUAAUGAAGAGUUGUCUAUCAUUCUGAACUCCUAUUUUAAGGGGUUAUAAUCUAGCUGUGAACUUUUUUGUCUUGGGUUGAAAUUUGACAUACGUGAUCUUGGCCAGGAGCAAUUUUUAUUUAAAUACAAUUCCAAAGAAAUCACUUUGCCUGUUUGAGGUAAAACAGGUGCUUUUGGCAUUUGAAUGAUUUUGUAUCAUAUAUGCUGAAAUAACUAGGAACAAUGGGGUGAAUGAAGUCGCUGUCUUUUCAGUUUGAAUCUCCUUGCUGUGUUCUGUGUUUUACAUCAGACCUGUAACAUUCAAAUAUACUUUUUUCUUUUGUGGUUUAGUACGUGCCUAUAUAUGAGUAUAUACCUGUAUAUCCUCUGACAGAAAAAAGAAUCAUUUUAUCUAUUUUCUUAUCCUAAGAAUUUUUGUUUACUAAAAAAGAUGGCUUUAUUUGUCUUAUCAUAGGUUUGUAAAAAGUUACUAACAAAUUGCUGACAUAAAAAAAAUAAAAGAAAAAGCAGUUUUCUUUAAAAGGAAGUAUGGUUACACACGGCCUGAUUAUUUACAGUUUCUAGGAUAACUUACUACCCCAUCAUUAUGCGGUGGUUCUAUUACCACUGUUUCAGACUAAGGAGAGAAACGGCAAUACUCCUGGAACUAAAAGUUUAACUUGAGAAAGUUACACUGAAUACACUGGUUUUAGCAUGUUCUGUUUUGUUCAUAUCACUUUCACUCUGUCAGCAGGACUCAAACUGUGGAGUUGGGCUCUAUGAAGUAAUCAUCCAGGCUCAGCCAGUUUUCAUUUCAUAUGUGGCAUGAAGAAUUUUUAAAUAUUCAUAAAUGUCCCAAAUUAGUGCAGCAUUUUGCCCAUAUGUUCAGUUGGCUGAAUUAUUAAUAAUGGCUUUAUAACCUGCAUUAAAAUUGAUAUUUUUCUACUUUAAAUGGCAAGACAUAUUGUUUCAAAAAAAUGUUUUUAAGGAAAAGAAAGCUCUUAACACUUACCAGCAAUUUUGAAUACAUUGUGAUCUUGCCACAAAGUCUGUACAGAUUUAAGUGGGUCGCAAGUGAAAUGACUUCUAAAAAUUGUUCUAUUAAGUGCAGAUUAAAUGAUACCAAAAACCUGAAGUGUUCACAGUUGUAUGCUCAAACCAGUUAAUUUCUUGUAUCAUAAACAUGUAAUGUGGACCCUAUUUCUUGCACAUAACAGAAUGUAUAUGUUAAUGUUUACUGUUUCUUUUUUUUAAUUCUGUUAAAAUGUAAGUGUGCAUAUCAUUCCAGUCAACCAAAGCUCUGGUAUAAAAAAAAAACAAAAACAAAACUUGACGUGCUCCUAAAUAAAAACAAGGUCAGUCGUAA